GAUUCUGUUCCGGCUGGUGCAAAUCCUGCAAUCACUUACUUGUACUGUACGUACUAUUGAGGUUUCCACUCAACUGCACAAUGCAUCUACCCUUGAGCGUCACUUUGACCGCAACGACGGUCCUCUGUCUCCUGUCUUCUACUUUUGCUCUUCCAUCUUCCACGUACUCUAAAAUCGAUACUCGGGAUAUUCUCCGGCCUAGAAACUGGGAUCUCCGCCUCUUCGGCCCAGGCUGCGACCCCAACACGACCUCCUUCGACGUCUCAGUCUGGCACCGCCAGGGCGUCUCCGCCACCGCGGGAUGCACGACGCUGGACGCGAGCCUGAACGCCACAAACGUGGACACGUUCUCAUGGAAGAGCCCCGGCGCGAGCCAAUACGACCUGUGUCUGUAUUCGAGUGGGUGCGCAGCAGAGGGCGGGGAGGGAGUGGGCAGCACGCAGGUGAUCCGGAAUGGCUGGGAGGUGUGCGCGAAGUAUAGUGGGUGGAGGGGGUAUAGGGUUGUGGCGCAUGGAGAGGAUUGUUGAAUGCUGGCUUGUAUAUAUUGAGGUUACGGUUUGGCAAGCUCGGGAUACAUGUGUUUGUUGUUUGAGGUUAUGGAGUCAUGAUGCUAAUG